AUGCUCAUUACGGGCAGUCUGUCAGGACGACGUGAAGGCAUGCGUGCCCACCGCCCUGCUGCAGCCGCUGCACCAAGCGCCCGCGAGGCGCCUACAGAGGAAGCCCGUGGGGGCUGCAAGUGCGCGGCUCCCCAGCUCAAGGAUAGCCGUCCAUCCUGCCGCGCCUGCGCCUGCUCGCUGUCCCCCCCCUGCAACACCCAGACUGCCCUGGCGGAUCGCGUCGCCGCUGCUGCUGCUGCCUCCCGUGGUAGGUUUAAUCCUAUGGAGGAGCUUGCAGCUGCCAUCUGCCAUUUCCGGGGUGCCUCCCCUCCUCUAGGGAGAUGGCCCGACUGCGCCACCACAUCCUGGUGCAUGUCAUACUGA